AUGGACGUCAGGAUGGUGUCCAGCCUCGGGACGUCGUCCUCGGCGACAAACACGCCGAUGUCCUUCCACGGAAUGGCGUCCGCGAAGGGCAGCACGAUGUCGUCCGCGAUGACCACUGGGAUGCAGCCGAAGACGACGGCCUCCACCUGCCGGGGGCUCCAGGGCGCCCAGCCCAGCGGGCACAGGCAGAACACCGCCCGCUGCAUGUCCUGGUAG